CUGCUUGGAUACUUGUCUUGUACCGAACGAAUGGUAGACAUUGCGAUAGAACAUGGCUUCAUAUUAUACUGAUAUUUUGUUGGUGUCGCUAUUGAUGUCAUCUGCUUUGACAGAGGAGACCAUAUGCGCUAAAUACACAUUCCAGGACAAACUUGUAGAUGCCGUUUUCGAGCUUCAGCACCAGGUGGACAUUCUGAAGAGAGAACUUAAGAAUGUCCAGAAUCAACUAAAUAACUAUCAGCUGAGCAGGGACAUGGCAACUGCUUCCAUGGAAACACAACUGACCGCUGAGGAUAAGCGCAUUGAGGAGAAAUUGACAACGCUUACCAACGGACUGCCUGGCCGCAUUACCUCGGUGAUGACUGGUUUAUCGACUCCUGGUGGAUCAAUUUACACCCGAUGGGGAAGAUCGACGUGUAACGCUAAUAGGACACAAACCGUGUAUUCGGGUUACGCGGCAGGCAGUCAUUACGGGAACCAAGGAGCUGCCGCGAACUACCUUUGCCUCACCAAGGAGCCACUAUGGAGAAAAUUUGAAGACACCAAACAGAGCGGAGCGCCGGUUUUCGGGGCUGAGUAUGAGUUUGAUCACCGGAGCAGGGUAACUUUCUUCGAUAGGGAAAUUACCGAUCAAGAUGCUCCGUGCGCCGUUUGUCAGUCUCCUCGUUCGCAAUUGCUGAUGAUUCCGGGUCGCAACAAAUGCCUGGACGGAUGGACCUUAGAGUACGAGGGUUACCUCGUGGCAGGCGAUAUUUCGCAUGCGGCCGCUUCAGAGUUCAUAUGCCUGGACGCCAACCCCGAAGCACUGCCAAAUGACUCGGGAAAUACUGACGGGAAGCUAUUCUACUUUGCAGAGGCAAGAUGUGGUGGGUCCCUGAAAUGUCCACCGUACGUCGACGGGCGAGAACUGACGUGCGUUGUUUGCACGAAAUAAACAAAAGCUGUUGAUCGAUUACUGGUAUGAACCUUCAAUAUAAAGUAUCAUUAUUUUAAUGAGUUUUCAAUCUCUGGGAAUACUUACAUGUUAAUUUUCAACAUUAUAACGCAAGGCAGAAUUUAAAUAAAAUAUAUAACAUUCUUUGCUAAGAAUUACAACAUAGCCAUUUAGAAGCAUAUGUGGUAUGAAGAUGUGCUAAAUUUCAGCUUCGUAUGUCAAGCAACUCACCGCAUGCAAACGGAUAUUAUUCUGCACUAAACGAUUAACUUUUCCCCUAGUCUAUGGACACUAGUAAGAUGGAGUGGAUGGUCUACAUUAGAAACGUUUAUCUCUAAGCUACUUCUUUUUUGUCACUGUAUUAAAUAUUGGUUAUUGAUAAAAACUUUAAGUACGUUUAAUGAUUAAAAAUUAUUUUAAAGUUUUUCUUAAUUGUUGGAUUGCUUAUUCCAUCGCUGAUCCGUAUUUUUGAUAAUACUUGAUUCAACGCAUACGUAGAUAUUAUUUAGUGAUUAAACGUAUCGCUUGGACCUACCGUAAAAAACUUAUUUAUUAUUCUUAUUUUCAAAUAUAAGAAAUUUGUACAAAAUUUGACAUUCAUCAGAACAAACACCAAAAAGCCAGUUCCAUUUAUAAAGAAAUAGUAUUACAUUAAACCGUGUCUUCGUUGCUUUUUUCAGUAUACAGGCUAGCCGGGAUUUAUUCAAUUUAUUUAUUUGUUGAAUAUUUUUAUUUCUUAAAGGUGCCUUUCGUUUGCGAAUACAGUUUUAAAUGUACUGUUCUAGACGUAUGCUUAAAUGUAUUGCUUGUAAUAACAAUAUAUGUGUAGUUUUAUAUGAUAAUAUUCAUACACCGUCUCAUUUUAAUUAUUUUUAAUAAAAUGAAUGUUUAAGGAAAAGAUAACAAUACUCACUAGUAAAAAAGCAAAACGUCAUAUAG